UGAUUCUGACUCCAAGAGGGGUGAUGAUUUUUCUGCCCAUGCAGCCUGUGUGAACUUCACAUGUAUAUGGCAAGCGCAACGCUUCCGCUCCAUCAUUUACCGUUUGACCGCAACACAACACGUUUGACAUGAAAUUCACACUUCAGGCGCACACAUUCGCGGAUGACGAAGAUCCAGAAGAUCUACACGAGCCCAUGCGUCUUGUGCGGCUCAUUGGCGCUGGAAACUGAUCAUAGUGGAAGUGCAGUAUCUUCAGCCAACGGUGACAUUCACGACGCCGUGCGCGCAGACUGGCAGGCUGUUGUACCGGCACUAUGGAGGAGAAAAACAAGGACGAUAACGCCACGAAGGGACAGGAAUCGAUGUCCUAUCAACGGAGGAUGUGGAAGAAUUUUCAAGAAAAAACCAAACCGUUUUUGAGUCCCAAAUUGGUCUCUGAACGUCGCAAUCCCGACAGUAAAAAGGAGACGGGGUUAUGGAUGUUUAAAAGGAAAAAGAAACAGUUGGACCGUGUCUUUUCGUCCUCACAGCCCAAUCUCUGCUCCUCUACCCCGUCGACUUUCCCGGGCGACCUGUCACUCGGCGGUACAGCGGUCCCUGGGAACAGCGACAACGGGCAACCUAUGCAACAGCUGCUGGGUGCGGUUGGAGUGUCGGCAAGCAAGCCAGAGCUAACGGGACACGAGUGCCCGAAGCUCAUCGUCUCCCAUUUAAUCAUGUCCCACCAGAAGAGCUCCUCUCUCGGCUCUGCAUGCUUCGAGAAGCUGGUAGUAAAAUCUGCGGACGUUGGAGAGGAGGAACAGCUCCGCAAAAACGCCAGUGAUUCUGGCAUCAACAUUGUGGAGCCAAGUAAUGCUGAGACCACCCUUGGUACCAACCCAGGGAUGUACCAGCUGGACAUCAUACUGAAGAAAGGACACAACCUCGCCAUCAGAGACAGAGGAGGGACAAGUGAUCCGUAUGUGAAGUUUAAGAUCGGUGGGAAGGAGGUGUUCAGGAGCAGGACCAUCAAUAAGAACCUGAACCCAGUGUGGGACGAGAAAGUCAGCCUACUGGUGGACAGCCUCCGAGAACCCCUCUAUGUCAAGGUGUUUGACUAUGACUUUGGCCUUCAGGAUGACUUCAUGGGUUCGGCAUACCUCUACCUGGAGUCCCUGGAACACCAGAGGAACCUGGACGUGACCCUUGACCUUGAGGACCCCCAGUACCCCGACCAUGACUUGGGAACUCUAGACCUGGCAGUCACACUGUCGCCCAAAGAGGGAGACUUCAGGGAAGCUACCAUGCUUUUGAGAAGGAGCUGGAAACGAUCCAAUAAGCAGCUGCAUUCAAGUAUGCGGUUGUCAGAUGUCCACAGGAAAGCUCAGCUGUGGAGAGGUAUAGUGAGCAUCAGUCUGAUUGAGGCUCGCGAUCUCCAGCCUAUGGACGCCAACGGCUUCAGUGACCCCUACGUCAAAUUCAGACUGGGCCAUCAGAAAUACAAGAGCAAGACGAUACCCAAGACUUUGAACCCCCAGUGGAGAGAGCAGUUUGACUUCCAUCUGUAUGAGGAGCAGGGGGGCUUCAUCGACAUCACCGUCUGGGACAAAGACGCAGGCAAGAAGGACGACUUCAUGGGCAGGUGUUCGGUUGACCUGUCGCCGCUGAGUAAAGAGCACACUCAUAAGUUGGACGUACCGCUGGAGGAGGGCGAGGGCAUGCUGGUGCUGCUGGUCACACUCACUGGGGCUGCAGCAGUGUCCAUCUCGGACCUGUCGGUCAAUAUUCUGGAUGACCCACAAGAGAGACACCAGAUACUACAGAGAUAUAGUGUGCUGAGGUCGUUCCACAACCUGAAAGAUGUGGGUAUGGUCCAGGUGAAGGUCAUCAGAGCAGAGAGGCUGAUGGCAGCAGACGUCACAGGCAAGAGUGACCCCUUCUGUGUGGUGGAGCUGAGUAAUGAUCGGCUACAGACACACACCGUCUACAAGAACCUCAACCCCGAAUGGAACAAGGUCUUCACCUUCAACGUGAAGGACAUCCACUCAGUGUUGGAGGUGACGGUGUACGACGAGGACCGAGACAGGAGUGCAGACUUCCUGGGGAAAGUGGCCAUCCCUUUACUAAACAUUCAAAAUGGUGAACGGAAAGCCUACGCCUUGAAAAGCAAGGAGCUGACAGGGCCAACAAAAGGGGUCAUCUUUCUCGAAAUAGACGUGAUUUUUAAUGCUGUGAAGGCCGGUCUCAGGACGUUAAUACCCAUCGAGCAGAAAUACAUUGAGGAUGAACCCAGAGUGUCCAAACAGUUGCUGCUGCAGAACUUCAACAGAGUGAGGCGCUGCAUCCUGUUCCUCAUCAACGCCGGCUGCUACAUCAACAGCUGCUUCGAAUGGCACUCGCCUCAGAGGAGCAUCUGCGCCUUCCUGCUCUUUGUUCUCGUGGUGUGGAACUUUGAACUCUACAUGAUUCCUCUGGCUCUGCUGCUGCCGCUGGCCUGGAACUAUAUCCUUGUCGCUUCGGGGAAGGACACCAGGCAAGACGUGCAAGCGAUGGAGGACUUGCUGGAGGACGAGGAUGAGGACUAUGAGAAAGAUGACAAGGUGCCUAGGCCCGGCCAUUCGGAUGACGGCCGACUGCCUGAAAGCCAUAUCCUUGUGGAUAUGUUGGCUUCCUGGCACUUUGAGUGGAUACGGGUGAUGGUGGCCCUAUCCCCCUGUCCUCAGGAUACCACUGCUACCUACCUGUCACGGCCUUCUAGUUGAAUCAGCUACACAUUCACAACCAGACGAUCCAGACGUCUUGACUCUGAUGGACAUUAUAUGGAAGAGAAAUGCCACCAGCCCCCUGCAGCCUCGGUUAAAGCAGAUCUGCACUUGUAAACCAGUGAAAGUUGCCUUCUGUCAGAGUAUCAGAGGUCUGUCAGGGUAGAAUGUUGGCACUGUUGACAGACAUGGAGCUCUUCUAUCCGCCCUCUGAUUGGCUGGAAUCUGGAGCACAUCACAUGAUAGCGGCUGCGUCUGUGUCUCAAAGUCAAACAUGGGAAGAGGCAGUUGCUACCUUUUCUUUUAACAAGAGUCAUAAAUGUGUAAUGAGUGUUGAGGAUACAUAUUUUAUGCUGCUUUUGAAGGUACGAUCCCAUCACUUUUUUCUAAAACAAGUUUUUUUUUUAAAUACGGGAAUUUUCCAAUUGUCCCGGUCUCUUGUUUUAUCUCCGCACAUGAAUAUGUAAUGACAUUUCAGGUGUUAUGAAGACUGAAUAAAUUGGCCUGGAUUUUGUAAAGCAAGUUGAUGAAUCAGAGAAAAUUAACUAUCAGCACGACUUACUCUGUCAAAUUACCUUGUUUCACCACAGUGUAUUGUGACAGGGAAAGAGUGUCCCAAUGUUUGAAGGCAUGUGCCCUAUGAAGGAAUGAAUUGAAUUGGUUUAAUUGAAACCAUUGCAGACCCUGUGGCUUGUCUCGAACCAGGAUUGAAAAACACAGAUGGUAUUUGUGCUAGUGUACAUAUUGGAUAUAUAACCUUUUAUUAUUGACUGUACAUCACUUAUAAAUCCCUGAAUUGCCUGUGCCUUUAACCCGGGUUCUCAGAAAACAACGUAAGUUUGAGAGUAGAGUUGUGCUGGGGCUGUUGUGAAUGUGACAGCCUUGUUUUUUGGAGAUGGAGAGGGCAGCGGGCUGAACCAGGCCAACAAACGAGAAGAGUAUCGGUGUCCCAUUCAUCACCCGCUGCCACCCGGGAACCUGGAGAGGACAGGGGAAGGAGAGUAGGGGGACAGGAGGGCAGGGGUGAGGGCAGGCAGGGGGAAGCAUGGCAGAGUGAGGGUCUUGGAUGGUGGAGGAGGUUUCCGUAGGCUGUUGUGCCCGACCUUGAGUCUCUCUGAUGGAGAGGCUGGUGGGUGGGAGAUUGGAAAGGUGAUCAUGGCAGCACUACCCCCGGCCCCAUUAGAAGUGCACGCACACACACACACACACACACACACACACACACAUAGGCUUUUUAGGAUGGAGCCAUGGGACGUAGAGGUCAACCUGAAAAUAAGCCUCCUCCACCUCCACUUAUGUGUACAUUUAUCCUCGGGCAUCUCGGCAACCCUCGCCAUGGGAACAGGCUGGGUGAAAAGCCUCAAUAGAAUGAGAGAGUGUCUGCAUAGUCCACCUUCAGCUGCCACAGUUAACUGGAGUUUGACUUUGGCUCCUUCGAAGCAACACCCCACACACUCACAUAGAUACAUACAUACACACACACACACACCACAACCCCCCGUUAGAGAACUGAGCGCUCCUGCAUGCCUUCCCAAGACCCUUUGUGUCUGCGAGCGCCACUAGAUGAUAGGGGAGAACGUGCAGAGCAUCUCGGGGCCCGGUUAACCAGAUAUUUAUGUGGUUGUGAAAAGAGAGGGAGGGAAAAACAGAGAUGUAUUCUCCAUAUUCACCCAAGGAUUACUUGUGAAAUAAAUCAUGUAUUAACACUGCUGCUUUCAAAACGAAACAUCUGCCUCUUACGUCGUGCUGGCGAGGUGCCAGCAGCACAGUGCUAUCUCUAGCUGGUCGGAGGGAGCUGAAGUUGGGACAUGUCUCCUAAUAGGAGACAUGUCCUCUAUGAGGACCGCUGGUACAGUGUGGUCGCGGUCUGGCCAUGAGCAUAGAUCACUGACCUUCAGGGAUUAAUAGUGAACCAAUGGUUAUCAGACAUAGCAUUAGCUUGGGGCCGCAAGCCAUCAGGUUUGAUCCUGCAGCUUCCCCCUUCCGGUUGGAUUGUAGAAUGGUGCGAGAGGUACUGUACUGUAUAAACCAGUAUGUCUCAUGGGCACUGUAGGGUCCUGUUUAUGAGAUCCAUGUGUUUUUGUUUAUAAACUAGAUGGAUAAGAUAACUGCAUCCUGUUUAGGCAUCCCUCCAAAACUGUCUUGGGUAAUACUCAUGUCCUACAGAUGAGCUGCUCAACUUCAAUCCUUUUUUUAUUAUUUUUUUAUCUAGGGAGGAACUUUGGUAAACAGUGCCGGUGGCUAGGAACUAGAUUUGUUAUCAGUGUUUAUAUCAGUUUUAUGAAAUUCUAAAGAUUUGUUCUAGCAUUUUGAUAUAAGAGCUGGGUCAUUCCAACAAUUCGUUGACUUUUGAGAAGUGCAACUUUUAUUUCCCCUAAUUUUAACAUUCUGUUAUAAAGACCACAUGUUCAAUUUACUAUAGUAAGUGCCUAUUAAGUGCCAAAUAAAGUAACAGGGUUGACUCUAACAGGGUUGACCGUAACAGGGUUGACGAUUUCAUCUUAAAUCAGCCAUAAAUCCCCUUGUGACAGGGGAAUUGGAACCUUGUGUGUAACAGGGAGGGACAAUUGAAUGCAACCUUCACAAAAAAUAAAAAAUAAAAUGUAAUUGUUAAAACGUGUCUAGCCUGUUUAUCUAUGGGUGAAGGUUUUCCACCACAAAACACCAAAAAAUUGCCAAAAAGCGUAGAACCAGCUCGCCUACUUUUACACUCUGAUGUGACUAUUAGAUGUUCAAUAUUUAUUUAGGGGGAGAAAAAAAUAUAAAAAGGAAUAAUUUCACCAUCUGAAACGAGAGUUCAGCUCACAUGACAGGGUUGAUCUUAACACGAGGGACAGACAUACAAUGAAUCACUAAUCACAGGAAAUAAAUAAUAGGCUUCAGAUACGACUUGGUCAAAGCAACAAAAAGAAUGAUGGCUUUACACAAUGAUGUUAAAAGACUUUGAGACAUGUUGGGGUUAAGCUGAAUUUUGGCACUUCUUUUAUUCAUAUAAUAUACAUUGAAGUGGCCGUGUGGUCUAUAUUAAAAUGCACUUAAUUUAUUGCAGCAGGGUUUUCAAAUUCAAUAUUGGCGCAGAAUUUUGAAUUAAAAGGGCACUCUUUUCAUGAAACAACCCAGCUGCAUUUAUCCCAAGUGCACUCCCAUGUAGCUCCGUGGUGCUUUUACUCUGAAACCGUUCGGUAUUUUGUGAUGACUGAAGUUACACUGCGUAUUUUGCUGAAUCUCUUGUUAAAACGAAAGAAAUAUGAGCGAGCCAAACCCACGUAGUCGACUCUUGAUUUGUUGUUAUAUCUGUGCUGUUCUGCCGUUGCUAAUUCUGAGCCUUGGCUGGAAAUGGUGUCACCCUGAAAGCAUUUAGCAGCUUGAAUCUUUACUGCCGUUGUUUCGGAGGUGGAAGAGGGGGAUUACGGGCUGUCUGCUGUUACAGAAUCAACAAGAACUGUUUCAA